AUGUCUCGAAUUAUCGUAAAAAACCUUCCUGCGUUCUUUGACGAGGAGAAGAUUAAACAGCACUUCACCUCACAAUCCGGUUACAAUGGCGAAAUCACCGACGUAAAAUUGGCCAAGUUGAGGGAUGGAACAAGUCGUCGCUUCGCUUUCCUUGGCUUUAAAAAUUCAGAAGAUGCUCAGGAUGCUGUGAAGUUCUUCAAUAAAACAUUUGUCUGUACAAGCAAAUUGGAUGUGCAGCUGGCUUUCGAUCCACGUACGGCUGACCAGAGAAUUAAACCGAAAAGUAAGCAUUCUAGAGUGAAUGUUGAGCAAAGACAGAAAAAACGUGAGGAGGAGCUUUUACUCGCUCAGAGAGCUGCCGAUCAGAAGGAAAAAGCGGAGAAAAAAAACAAACGCAAGCAUGGAGAGGCCGAGGUGAAGGACGAGACCAAGUUUCAGGAGUUCCUGUCCGUUUCUAAAUCUCUGUCUACUUCUCGUAGUUGGGACAAUGGUACACCACUGGUUGGUGAAACUCAACAAGAACAGACUGCUGCCGACGUUCGGGCGUUUGAAGAAGAAGACGACGAUGAGUAUCAGGAGCUGCCGGCUUUGAAGCGUCGUGCUACUGAAGCUACUGUGAUGACGUCCAACACAACAGCCCCUGCUGCUUCUAAUUUGACUGACGACGAGUGGUUGCGUCUUCAUCGCACGAGAAUAAAGGAGCAGGCAACGGAGGAUCACGCUGACCCGGAGGCGGAGGAUAUGCUCGUCGAUGACGCCGCUGAGGAGACAACGAAAAAACAAGAGGAACAAGUUGUGGAAGAAGAGCCCCGGGUGCCUACAGAAGAAGAAAAGGCAAUUGAGCAAAUUAGUGAGUCUAAGCGACUCUUUUUGCGGAAUUUGACAUACAGUUGCCAAGAGGACGACAUAGUGGAGCUCUUCCAAGACUAUGGUGCCCUGGAACAAGUCCACGUGCCAGUGGACAAGAAAACGAACGCGCCAAAGGGUUUUGCAUAUGUCGAGUUCAAAAAUAAGGACGACGCCAUUCGCGCCUAUCAGGAUUUGGAUGGUUUGGCUUUCCAGGGUCGUUUGCUUCACAUUCUGCCUGCGAAAUCGAGAACAAAUAUUAUGCAAGAUGAGCAGGCCUUCCAUAAGCUUCCUUUAAAGAAGCAACGUGAACUUAAGCGUAAGCUGGCUGCUUCUGCAAGCACAUUCAGCUGGAACACUCUGUACAUGGGAUCAGAUGCCGUGGUAAGCUCGCUUGCUUCUCGUUUGGGCGUUAAGAAGGCUGACAUCCUGAACCCUACGUCGUCGGAUGCAGCUGUGAAGCAGGCUAUGGCAGAGACCCAUGUAAUUCAAGAGACGAAGAAUUUCUUCGAAGAGCAUGGCGUCGAUUUGGAAGCAUUCAAAAACAGCCAGCGUUCCGACUCUGUUAUUUUGGCUAAGAAUUUUCCCUACGGUACGACGGCCGAGGAGUUAGCAGAGAUGUUUGGUGAGUUUGGAGAGCUUGGACGAGUGUUAAUUCCUCCUGCUGGCACGAUUGCUAUUAUUGAGUUUCUUAACACUCCUGACGCUCGUCAGGCAUUCGCAAAGCUGGCGUAUAAGCGCAUUAAGGGCUCUGUGCUGUAUUUAGAGAAAGCACCUAAAAAUGUCUUUAACACUGCAGUCGCUAAGAAGGCGGGCAAGCCUGAGGUUGUUCAAAAGAUCGACGGUAUUUCCACCGAAAACAAGGCUGCCGUGGACGAAGCUGUCACUGAACCAGCGGACGGCGAAACAUCCACACUUUUCGUCAAAAACAUCAGCUUCAGCACCUCACAAACCGAUUUCCAAAGAAUUUUCGCUUCCCUCAACGGUUUCCUUUCUGCUGUUAUUCGCGCCAAGCCCUCCAAGCGUCCUGGUCAGCUUAUGAGUAUGGGUUUCGGUUUUGUUGAAUUUCGCUCGAAGGAGGACGCUGUCACUGCUAUGAAUGCCAUGCAAGGUUUCUUGCUUGAUGGACACAAGCUGGAAAUCAAACUAUCGCACAAGGGUGCUGACGCUGCUGCCGAGACACGGAAGGCCGAUGAGAAACGUCAUGUUAAGGGUACUAAGAUCCUUAUUAAAAACUUGCCAUUCGAGGCCACGAAGAAGGAUGUGGUUUCCUUGUUUGGUGCGUAUGGGCAAUUGCGUUCUGUUCGUGUGCCCAAGAAAUUUGAUCGCACUGCUCGUGGUUUCGCUUUUGCUGAGUUUGUCACCGCGCGUGAAGCAGAGAACGCGAUGAAGGCUCUGAAACAUACUCACUUGCUCGGUCGUCAUCUUGUUUUGCAGUAUGCAUCGACUGCUGGUUUGGAUGAUAUGGAGUCGGCCAUGGAGAAGGCUGCGGCACAAAUUACUGCAGAAGCUAACGCCCCUUUGAAACACGGAAAACGUCUCAUCGAAGCUGGCUCGAAGGAAGAGUAG